GUCUUCUUCUUCUUUUUCGAAAAAACCAAUAAGAUCGGCUAUGCAAAAUUGGAUCUGAAAGACCCGAUCCUUCUUUGUUCUUACGGAGGAGGAAGAGACGAAACAUAGUUACUGUACUUCCUUAGAACCUGGAAGAUAAAAUUUAUUAGCCGGAACUAUAAUUGGAAUCAGUGAUUGCUGAGUUGUUAUGGAAGGAGUAGGAGGUCGGUUAGGGAGGUCCUCGACUCGUUACGGAGGACCGGCGACGGUAUUCACAGGUCCGGUGAGGAAGUGGAAGAAGAAGUGGGUUCACGUCUCUCCCUCCACCAAGAAGCUCAAUCACUCCUCCUCCUCCGCAGCUUCCGACGCCGCUAACGGAUCGCAUUUGCUGUUCUUCAAGUGGGCGCCAUUGUCUCAGACCGGGAACGGGAACGAAGACGGUAAAAGUGAGAGUCUUUCUCCCAGCGAAGACACUGUUGCGGUAGCAGCAGAAGAUCCUCCAAGGCGUAGGUUCAAAUACGUGCCGAUCGCAUUACUUGAGGAGCAGAAGAACGAAGUUACAGAAAUUGAGGAAGAUGAUAAGGUUGAGGAAGAGGAGCAGAAGAAGGAAAUUGAGCAAGACGCAAGUGCUGCAGCAGAGCCAAGCGAGAAGAAAGCACAAGUUGAGGAAAAACCAGACAUGAAUGAUGUUCCUAUGGAAGAUUAUCAGGAGGAAGGAAAAACAGUGCGACAAGAUCUGAACGAAAGCACUAAGGAUUCAGGACUUAACUUGAAUGCAAACGAUGUAGAUUCUGAGAACAAUCCGAAAGGGGUCGAGCCAUUAGAAGAGAGAUAAAAUGGCGUCAUUCUUUUACCCUGUUUCACUGUCGUCAAUAACAAAGACAAAUACAUUAAAGUAGAAAACAAUUGUUAGAGAUGGAUGCAGAUCCUUGUUCUGGACUGUACGUCCACGGCUUGUUCUUUUUUCCUUUUAAUGACCAGACUCAUUCAUUCGAGACUAAACAUUUGAUUCAUAGAAGAUUCUUGUUUUUUCUGAA